AUGAAAUGUGCUUUAUCAUCCAAAAACAAGAUUCAAUUCAUCAAUGGAUCUCUUCCUCAACUGGCGUCAACUCAUCCUGAUUUUGAGCUAUGGGAUCGUGCCAAAAAUAUGGUAAUUUCUUGGAUCACUAGAACAUUAUCUUCUCAUAUUUCUCAGAGUACUAUUUGCAUCGACACCGCUUACGAUAUUUGUUGUUACCUACGCGAAAGAUUUACCAAAGGUAACCACUUUCAGAUUUAUGAUCUUCUUCGCGAUCUCCACUCCAUCAAGCAGAUAGAUCACAAUCUUUCGACAUUCUUCACGAAUCUGAAAAUCUUAUGGGAUGAGCUCGAAGAUCUUCGCCCUACCCCUUCUUGUAUUUGUUCGCCUACCUGCAAAUGUAACCUUAGCACAAUCGUCAACAUCUUCAAACAACAGGAAUAUGUUACAUGUUUCCUCAAAGGCCUGAACGACAAUUACGCGAAUGUGCGCACACAAAUUCUUCUCAUGGACCCUCUCCCUUCCAUUAGCAAUGUAUAUUCUAUGGUGGUUCAACGAGAACCGAAUACCAAUCCAACUACGCUCGAUAAUACUGCCUUUCAUAUCAAUUCUAGAAACCCUAGUUUUGGUGGCCAAGGCCCACCCCAACCUGCUCGUGGUAGAGGACGAGGUCCAUCAAAAAAUCAAAUGUUUUGCACCAAUUGUGAUAAAACAAAUCACACAAUGGAAACUUGUUACUUCAAACAUGGUUUCCCCCCGGGUUAUCGAUCACAUAAACCAUCUACUUCAAAUUCUGAUUCUGCUAAUAAUAACAAGACGGUUCAUUCUGCAAUUUCAACUCCAGGUGAUCUUUCCACUCAACUGUCCAAGGAAGAUUUUAAGCUUCUCAUUAACCUUCUUCAUUCUUCAAAGCAAGAUUUCCUAAUAGUAACCAUAUCUUUGCAUAUUUUUCUGGCUCCAUUAUCUUUGAUAAAUCCUUAUCUUUACACAAUGUUCUCUUUAUACCGCAAUUCAAAUUCAGAUUCACAUACCCAGAAGAUGAUUGGGCUUGUGGAGCAUCAUAAUAAUCUCUAUGUUCUCAAAAAAUCCCCUGUUUUGUCCUAUGAUGAAUCUGUUUUGCCAUCUAAUGACUCUACCUCACUUGAUUCUAUUUCUUGGACAAAAGGUUAUGUUUUAUUUGACAUUCAUACACGUGAUAUUUUUACUUCACGAAACGUUGUUUUCUAUAAGCAUAUCUUUCCAUAUCCUUCCAUUGAUUCUAUUAAUGAGCAUUGUAUUCCUAAUGAUGUCACUUAUUUUACUACACUUCUCUUUGAUGAUCCCAUUUAUAUUGUAGAUGACAUUGAUCAUGUGUCUAAUAUAUCUCAUAAUUCACAUUUUGAUAACCAUACAAAUAUUAUUACUGAUUCUACUAACAGCCCUGCACCUUCCUUACGAAAGUCCUCUAGAACAAGGCAAAAACUAGCUUAUUUGCAGGAUUUUCAAUGA